AUGAAUUAGCUGCUGGAAAGUAAGUUGUCUGUGUUAUGUUAGGCUUGAUUCAACAAUUUAUAAAGGAUGGAGACGAGAAACAGAGUGAACAAAUAAGUCGUUAAGUAAUGUAAAAGCAUCCUGUUGUCUACUUGUGCAAAUGUUCUGAGAUUUUGGAUGAAGUACUUAUUAAAUGUAUUUUAGAUGACUGAAAUAAAUAGCGAAUACAUCAGAGUACUUCGUUUAACUCUUCAAGUUUCUGGGUUGUUAACUCGAACAGAGGAGGCUAAAUUAGGAGUCAUAUAAUGCACCCAAGUGUUAAGACGAAUUAUAAAUCGAAUUCUGAGCCAGCCUUAAAUUUCAGAGGAGUUGAAUUAAUUGCUCACCGAUAUCCACAUUAAAUUAAUGGAUGUUUUUGAUGAAUUGAUUAUCAAUCAUAUUUCUGAUUUUUUUGAAUCUGGACGUGUUCCUGAAAUAGUUAUUUUGAAGAUCAUUUAGCAGAUUUUCGAAUCAUAAAGUAAAGUGUUAAUUAAAUUUGUAUAGGUAAAGAAUACUUUAGACAAUUUUCAUACGAAAUAUUAUAAAAGAUUUUAUCAUCUCUCUCUCUUGUGAAGACUGAUUAAUGUAGAUUAGAUUAUUGUUCAUUGUUGCAAUCUAUUUAUAAAACCCUAACUCAUUUCGAAGAGAAUUAGGUUUAAAUAAAUCAAGAAUAGGUUUAAAAUGUAAGUUGGCUUAUUUUUGACUAAAUCAUCAAAGAUUGGAUGUAAACAACCACUCAAGUUUAAGUUUUGUCUUUAGUUGGAUUUAUGAGUUAAUUUAUCUCCAGAGAUAGAUUGGAGCGAAGUCUAGAACGAUUGACAUCUGUAUAUUUGAGUGUUUUGAAAUAAAAAAGCAAUUAAUUAAGACCAUUGUUUGAAGGUUUCAAUAAAUUCCUGGAAAGAUUAUACCAUUUAGACAGAAUUGGAUACGAGGGAAUCAUAAAAUCAAUUAUGGUCUCACUGUAUGAGUUUUACAAGAAUCCAAUCUUCUCUCCUAAUUACCCAUUUGAUCCAAAUGCUUUAAAGUAUAAGAAUGACUUAUUGACUCUUUUGCAGACAGUAUCAAAGUUUAAUAUCGAUAAUUGUUUAGAUUUGUUUAUUGGCAGAAUUAAUGUAAUUAAGCAUAUGUAUAUUUUAGAGUAAGGAUUCAAUAGAGAGAGUUUCAUGUCUAUGGAUUUGCAAUUUCAUUUUGUCUAGAAAUUUCAAACUGAUAUCUGAACCAUACAAGAGACAAUUAGUGUUAUAAUUACUAAAUUUAUAAUUUGAAUAAGAUUGUGAAGUGAGAUAUGCAAUUUGUGAAAUCAUUCUACAAAUAUAUUACAAAUUAAAAGAUGAAGAAUUGCCAAUCAAUCAAACUUAUUUGGACGUGAAAGCUCUCCUCUUUUAUUUGUUUAAUCAAGUAUCGAUACAUGAUAAGGAGUUGGAGGAAUAUGGAAAGUAAAGGGCAGCUCCAUUUGAGACAACCUUAGAAGUAAGAUUCAAGUUUAUAUUUUGAAAGCUAUUGAAGAGUAGAGCAUAAAAGAUAUUGACAACACUUUCAUAAGAUCAGUAUUUUUAUGAUUUAUUAUGGCCGAUGGGAUUGGAAAUUAUUAAUAACUAAAAGUUUUCUCCAGGAUUAUCCCAUAUUUUUAAAUGUUAUACUUAGAUCUUACAAAAAUUAAACAUUAUCACACAUAACUCCCCUGUUGCCUAACAUGUUAUCGUUGUGAGAAUGCUACUGCUAAUUUAGAUCCCGUACUUCUUUCCAAACUUAGGAUUUGAAGCUGUUAAUUUCUUGCCACAUUUAAUAAAGACAUUUGAUUUGAAGGUCCCAAGUAGUUUUCACUAAAAUGUAGAGGCAUUGAAACAAUAUCUCAUCAAUAAAAAACCUUUGGAUGAAUUUUAUGAGGAGAAGGUAUAAUAAAUUUGGAAAGUUUGCUUAUCAUUGUUCAUCUAAAAUAAAGAACUCUCUUAAAUCGAGGAAGACUUUCAGGUUUAACUCAGCAUGUAUUUAAAUUCACAGGCCUUGAGAUUGCCAAUAAUGAAAAUGUAAGCAACUUUAAUGAGUUUUCUCACUAACUAAGAAACAAUUAAAUACAAUUUAGAUAAGUUGUUUAGCAUUUGUCAUCAAGAAUACACAAAUCAAGCUCUAAAUCUCAAUGUCCAAAUUUAAGAGCCAGACUUUAAUCUUCGACUUUGUGUAGCUGAAUGCUUUGGUUACAUCGGAGAAAGACACACUCAAUUGGUAUUAGAUAAGGUCAAAUCAAUUUUAAAUUGCGAAGUGAUUCAAAAGAAGAACACAGGGUCAUUCAAGGAGAGUGUUUUAUCAAUAUUUUAAAAAAGUGGCAGUGAUGAAUAUUUGGCCUCUUUCAGAGCUACACUACUAAUAGCUUAUGGAUGUUUAGCAAAAUAAGUUUCUUUAGAAAUAUUGGAGAAGAAUAUCUUACCAAAUGUUAUGCCAUUUGUUGGACACGAGCAAUUGUUCAAUUCACUUUAGAUCUCUUUAGAAUCCAUAAGUAAAGCCAUCGAAAGAUCAAUUGAGAACACAGAUGAAGCAGCUGCAUCCUCAUUUUUGUUGAGUUACUAAAAAUAUAGAGAAUCGGUGUUGAAUCAUUGUUAAAAAAACAUCACUAGAGGAAAUAUAUUUAGGAAUCUUAACACCAUUAACUUACAAUAUCGUUUGGCUCCUGUUGAGUAUAAUAAGGCUAAGUAAUUAUUGAGCUAGCAUUUGGAUUAGAAGUAUGAUCUUUCAAUUGAAUAAGUCAAUCUUACAUUUUAAAACUGUUUUUUGUUGUUUUUGGGAACUGUUAAAUUGGAAGAAGACUCCUAACCUAUUUCAGUUUGGCAAUCUCUAUUGUACUUAAUAAAAUCAAUAAAAGAUAAUGAUUAACUGAUAGAAAUUUUGUAGAAAAGUAUUUAGAGAGUAAAAUUAAAGAUGGAAUAAAACCAUAAGAAUUGUUUUAAGGUUAUUUUGACUUUACUUUCAAUAUAAUAUCGUAAUACAAAUGCAAAAAGGUCAGUUGUCUUGAUUUUAGAAAAGGUUAUGUUAUCUUUGGGAGUGUAUUUGGAUAUCUACUAAAAAACUGAUGAAGAAUUUAAUACUUAGGUAAUAAAAUCGUUAAGAGAGAAACUGCAUCACAAUGAAUUGACAGUGUUGAUGUAAGAAUUAUAGAAUCUCAUCAAUGAGCCAAUCGUUGAAUCACUGCAUGGAUUUGUCUCUCUUAUUCAAUGUAUAUAUCAAAGUGACUAUGCUGAUUUAAACAAAGUUCUAUUUCUAUUAUAAUCAAUUUGUCAAUAGGGGGCAGGAUCAUCCUCUGAAGAACAGAUGUAAGGUUAUAUUUCUAUAAUUAGCAACUCUAAUCUCAGUAAAGCUAUGGAUUUAUUGGCAUAAAAUAAUUUGAGUGAUUCUUUGAAAGUUCUUUUGGAUAAUCAAUCAGAAUUUCCAAUGAGUAUGUUUCCAAAAUUGUUUCUUAAUUGUGUAAGUUAAAAAAAGACUUUCAUGGUGUAAAGCUUUAAGUUUUUAACAGAUGUGUUAAAUAAUCCAGAAGGAAGUAAUCAAUUUUGUUUAGAUUAUUUUAGUUAUCACUGGAGAUAUUGGAAAUUAUUUAGUUAAUGCUUCAUUAUUUAUUGGAUAAUUGUUAAUUGACGAAAAUAAAAUUCUAGCAGAAAUGCUACCCAAAUCGAUGGCCAGUAUUUUGGGAACCUUCUUGCUUAGAUUUAUGACAUGUCACGAUCCUAAAUUAUCUGGAUCAUCUCAAUCAGUCUAGACUGCUAUUUGGGCAUUUCAAAAUUUUUUGACUCUAUGCAAUAUUGAAGGAAUAUCACAACAUGUUUUUAAGAAAUUGUUGAUAGAGGAAGAAGUUGAGGAUGGAGUUCAAGAGAUUGUUAUGAUAUAUUGUAAAGGGGCUUCAUUCCAAGAUCAAUAGAAACUCUUUAACUUUAUAGAAGGCUUUACAAAAAAGGAAUAAGCAUCAUACCGAUUAGGGGCAAUAGUUGUUAUUAGUUAAUUCAUUAGAAGUUAUAAGAAGGAGUAUGCUUAAUAGAAUGUAUAUGAGAAUCUAUUGAAAACCCUGUUAGAAUCAGCUGAGGAUGACAGUGAUAAUGUGAGAGCUUAAGUGGCAUUUGGAUUGGGAGGAUUGUCGUAUUAUCUAAAAGCUGAUGAGACAAUUGAAAAGGAGUUAUUGUAAGAGAUUAUCGAGUGUCUUAUAAACUUAUUGGAUGAUUAAUAAGAGAUUUGUGUUAGAAGUGCUAUGAUCAGUUUAUAAAAUUUGGUUGACUCUAACACUGACUUUGUAGCAUACAUUCAUUAAUUGAUUUUUACAACAACAGCCAAUUUUGAGAAGACAAUGACUAAGAUUAGGAUUUCUGCAUUUUCCUUGUUCUCAAAAUUAUGUAACACUUGUUUUGUAAAGGAAAUAAUGAAUGAAUAAUUAAUGUCUUAUUUGAGAUAAGCAUUAGUAUCAGUGAUGCUUCAUUUGUUAGAUGAGAGUGUUCAGGUUAGAUAAGUGUGCAAGUUAGCUUUGGAACCAAUUGGAAACUUGCUGCAAGCACAACUGUUAAAGUAAAUUGAUUUAUCUAUAUUUAAGACAACUAUCAAAUAAUGAAAUCUAAAGUGAACUUGAGAUGAGCCAUCUGGAAGAAAAUGAAAAAAUCAUAUUGAUAAUGACCAUAAAUUUAGAAUAAGAACAUUUAAAUGUAAUACUAGCUAUACUAUUAAUUUAGACCUAUAUCAAAGCAUUGAUUGAGUUUUGCAAAAGUCCUGAACAUAAUAUAAAAGGGGCGGCUUUAUUUAGUUUGAUUAUUCUAUUGGCCUUUAGAGAAGUAGGUGACUAUAGACCAUAAAUUGAAUAAUUAUGCAAGGAGAACAGUAAAGCAAAGUUGAUCACAAAGCAAUUAGUGAUGAAGGCAGCGUACUAUUUAUGAUAUACCUAAAAAU